ACGGUAGAGGCUCUGCCACACGGAAGAAAAGCUCCAGCUAGCUAGAAACACAGGGAUGUAACAUUUGAGUGCGUCGGUUGUUUUUGCGUUUUAAAUAAAAAUCCUUGCGCUUAAAGACGCAUUUCUUCUAUUUUACCCUCGCAUAUUACUUUCCAUGAAUCAGCAUGGCGACGUGCAUCCCCUUUCAGACCCAGUUAUCCUCUAUAAUGGAGGUUUUGGUUAAAGCAGCAGUGACAGAAAUAUCCAAACUAGUCGAUGACAAAUGUGCGUUUCUGCAUCUGGAAAUAUCUCGAAAGCAAAACGAGAAUGAGUUACUGAAGAGGAAAUUGCUGAUGAUGGAGAACAAAACCGCUCAGCUGCAGCGCGGGUUCGAAAACUACAUGGACCGAGGAACUGAUGUGGGGAACUGUCCCCACCCUACAGCAGAUAUUAAGUUUCCUGAUAUUGACGAAGCCACAGUUUCGUUCACGAUUAAAGAAGAAAGUCCAGAUGAGAUGCUGUGGAUCAGUGAAUCUGCAAGGCCUAUUGGGUCUGCUGGUCAAUACCGCCAUCGAGGUAACGCUCCAGAGAGCCAGCAGCUCGAGGAGGACCAUCGGUUGAACCUUUCAGAGGGAGCCACAAGAAAAGCAUCCGAGUUCAGUGACUUGUAUAACUCUGCACCGCAUGCAGGAGACAUCAGUGGCCUUCAGUUCAACGUGAAGAUGGAGAAGGAAGAGGACCAGUCCGGAUUUGGUCAGGAUGGAUGCCAGCACGGCGCAGUGAAGCAGACUCCACUCGCCGCUGACUUUUCCAUGGAUGAGAGAGAAUCUCAGCUCUGGUCGUCCAUAAUUGAAGGCGGCGACAUCGACGCAGGUUUCCCUGACUUUUCUAGUGUGGUAGAGGAAUACUCCAACACGUUUCCGGACCAUUCGGAUGUGGUUUCGACCAAGUCUGCCAGCACUCAAAGGCCGUGUAAUGGGGUCUACAACAGUGAGUAUCAGAAGGAUGGUCCACAGUCGUCCAGUUUUCAACCCAGACCUCAGGGUGGUCUGUCACAGAAGGAACAGGGUUACCCGCAGAGAAACCCCUCACAUCCGAGGCAGCCGGAUGAACAAUCUGACAGGGAGAGUGCAGCUGCAGAUAGACCGGUCAUAAGUCACCCGCACAGCUUCCACCCUCACUCAUCCCACAGGUCUUUCUCCGGCUCUUCCCGGGGAUACUCCUGCUCGCACUGCGGGAAGACGUUCAGCCGCCUGCACCAGUUCAAGCUGCACCAGCAAAGCCACAAGAGGAAGCGCGCGUUCUGGUGCACGGUGUGUGGGAAGAGCUUCCAGUGCUCGUCCCACCUCAGCAUCCACCACCGAACACACACGGGCGAGAAGCCAUACGGCUGCGGACAGUGCGGGAAGAGGUUCACGCAGCAGAGCAGUCUGAGGGUGCACCAGCGCACACACAGCGGGGAGCGGCCCUAUAGCUGCUCACUGUGCGGGAAGACCUUCAUCCUGAUGCACCACUUGAAACGGCACAGAAUCAUCCACACAUACAGCUGAAGUGGAGGCACUUAUAGAGUGGGGCAGGAAUGAGUCCUUAACCAGGAAAUGAGUCAGCAUUUUUCCAGUUCCCUUGUCUAGAAAUGAACGUUUUUUGAACGUGUCUUGGGUUUUAUUUGCCUGAAAUAAGGUCUGUGGUUGACACAAGCUCAAGAGAUGUCCAUGUUUUGUUCUAUGACAUGUAAAAGCUAUUAGACAUUUACCCAUGUCUAAUAGCUUUUACAUGUGUUAAACACAGCAGGUGGCUACAUGAGAAUGCUAAACGUCACCACGCAGAACAUUAGCCACCUUUAGCUUAGCGCCGGCGACUUGAAGUCAAUUGCAUUUACACUUAAAAUAAAUAUUAAAAUCCUAAUGAACAAUAUGUGGAAGUAUCAUUAACGUAUGUUUGCCAAAGACCUUAUUUUCUGCAAUAUUUAGAAACCCAAUUUAAAAAUCGUAUUGAUUUUUGUCGAGGGAGCCCUUGCGAUGCUAACUCCCGGGUUGGUCUACAAACGUACGUCAUCGCGACUCCACUCUACACUGAUGCUGCUCAGGUGAAUUAAGACUGGAAUGACCCUUAAAACCAAACCAAAAAGUCAGUGAGCCCGCUUCUCUGGUUGGGAUUUUAACCUGUGACAUUGCUCACAGACUUUGUAUAUUCAUGCAUAUUCUACUAUGCAAAAUCCAACUGGAUGGAUUUUAAAGAUGUUUGCUUGUUUUCUAAAAUACUUAUAAUUAUUAAAACUGAAUUGCACCCUCAAACAGAAUUCACACAAGUCAGUAUUUUAAAGACACCUGCAAAGCUAGAAAUCCAAAAAAAACAACACGUGCGAUGUCAUAUUAGAUAAACCUGCAGAUGUCCUGCUUCAGUGACCUGUGAGCUGAUCAUGUCUUAUCUCCUCAUGUAGAAAUAUGCCUUACUUUGUCCCUGCACCGAGUCUGUAGAAUCACACCAUGCUCAACAUUGUCCCCAUAAACUCUCCCCAGUGAAACCUCAGUUUUAUGUUUUGAUGUAAAAAGAAAAAUCAUGCCUGACUAUUGAACUCAAUUUUCCAUAAAACAUCUCCUGAAAAUGA